ACUGCAAUUGGAGCGAGAGAAUUUGAUCGGAGAUUACUUGGAUAUUUUCUGGGGCCAACUCGCAUCUGGCUGUCUGACUGUGUCGACAUUAUGGAAGCGGACAAUAUUCUGGGAACAGCUGGCAAGCUGGAUGGACAAGAUCGACCGUCGUCGAAAGUGCUAGAGCCCGACGAUGGGUUGCCCUCCGAAGACCACUCGCAGGCCACAGCCAGCUUCAGAGAUGUCACAGAGGCCUUUGUAGAGGCUGCUAAGGACAUGGAUCCUGAGGAGCUUGUGUUCACGGAGGGUUUCACCUUGCUCGAUGCAAUGAGUGCGUUUGAGAUUGGAGAGCCUCGCAUGGACAGUGGAAUGAUUCUCGAGCACCAACGUAAACCUCCAUUCGAUCCUUUGAAACCUCUUCUACCGGGAGAAGUUUGCUGGAUACUGGAGAGAUCCUUUGCAUGUGAGAUGGAAUGGCAUGCGGGGAAUAGCCUUCCGCAGACGGUCUAUACCCUGCUAUAUGUUCACUAUCUCGGCGAUAUGAGCCCCGACUUCAUGCCACUGCGCUCCGAUAUCAUGCAAGAUCCAUUGCGUCCAGUGGAACUGAUCACUGUCGUACUGCGGGCGGGCAUGUUCGGGCUUCUCAAGUGCUGUGAUUUGAGCUGGCGGGAAUUAUCCAAAGGCAGAGUGCAUGAUAUUGAGGAUUGGCAAGGCGAAAAAUGCGACGUAUCACUUCUGGAAGGGGUCAGCACAGACUUUGUGCUCAAAACGUUGGAUGAUGCAUGCGACUGGCUUCGAGGCUCCUCGCUCUCUCCUUUCGUUGUGAAUCAAUUAUGCGACAUUCUCCGAUUCCGGAAGGUCCUUCUUCAAAUGUACAGAUGCAGUCCACCUCUUAGCGCGGGUGACCUGCGUGCGUUCACUAUCAGUGCAUGGAUGGUACUUCGAAGAUUGCAGGUUUAUCCUCCAUAUCGUCCGGCUCCUGAUUCUCCGGCUUCCCUCGCGUUUGACCCGUACAUUGCCCGCCGUCUCCCCAAUUUCAUGCCUAAUCGUGUGGCAGAGCUGCCUCCGCAAGGACAAACAUGGACCGCAUUGGGGCGUCUUAUUGAUGGAUGGAAGGAGUUGGCCAACUUGCUUGAGUCGCCUUGCAUUACUACUUGGGAGAUUGCAGGCUGCCUACGAAUAUGGUCGCCUACAAAACAGACUCAUGUGGCUUACCUACGCUCCUUGAUUCAAUCUACUGUCUUCGAUAGAAACACUGUCCUAGGACAAUUCUCUCCAACUUGGCUGGUCUUCCGCUUUUUCACCGAGACAUUAGGUAUAUCGUACGAAAGCGUAGCUGAGAGGCUCAAACUGAGCGAGGCUCACCAUGUGGCCGCUAUCAUGAAGGAAUCGGAACGGGAGAUUGUCAAGCUGAUGGUUGCUGAGAUCAGGUCGCAGGCCCAUAAUCCACCCCGCCGGCGCCGUUACCUGAUGAAGUCGACACUACAAUGGCAUGAGCUGCAUGACAAGUUCCUCCAUAUGGCCGCCUACUGCGACCCAUCAGAUAGCGAUGUGAACAUGCUACUGGAAUCUUUGCUGAGGGCUGCGUCAUAUUGGCGGCUGAAUGCAGCCCGAGAGGUGAUCCUGUCCGGCUUUCAGCAAGACCUAUAUGCAUUAGAAGAGAUGCCGAUCGCCUACUGGUACCUAGCAAGGAUUCUAGAUGCGCAUCUUGAAUGCAUAGAUGACAUCCUGAGCUAUAACCCAAAGUAUAGCGAAGCCCAUGACGAACUGUUGUACCAGUCAAGAUUCUUGACAGCGCUUCAAUUAAUGUCUAUUGUCAUAAGCGCGCUCAUGUACAACCAGUCCACUGUGCUGCCGAUGAAGCGACUAUCAUUGAACUUCAUGCGACGGUACAAGUGGGCGCUCAAGCCCGAGUACGACUACCUAACUCCCGCCCAUCCUCUGCCGGAUUUUCUCAGUUACCCUUCUCAGUUGGCAAAGGAUAUUCUUUGCGGUCUAGAAACCUCUCGAUCCCAAGGCUAUGGUGGUAUAUGGUCGGCUGAGCGAAACAGUUUCUUAGGUGAAUUGGCAAACGUUUGCGAUGAACUGCGAGAAGUAUCGCCCACAAAAAUGGAUGAGCUAUAUGAGUUCAAAACUGCGGUCUUCAAAUGGAAUCAGCGGAGUCAUCCUUGGUUCCCAGAUAUUGUGCAUUAAUGAUAGCUUCUGUUCGCGUUUCUGGUAUAUAGUGUGUCUACAUGUAUGUAGUUGAUGGCUUGGUUCUGUGCGUCAAUCUCAGCUUCUGGCAUUACAAGACC